UUCAUUGUCAAUAAUCAUAAUAUCAUUCAGUCAUUCAUUCGUUCAUACUAAAAUGAAGAGCAUUAGAAAUUCGAUCAAAAAAUUAAGAGCAUCAUGGGCGUUUCGUGAAUCAAUUCAAUCUAAUGUUAAUGAAGAUAAUAAUGAUGAAGAUGAUGAUAUCGAAACAAAACGACUUCGAUAUCAGCAGAUGAUAUCGAAUUUGGUUAUUUAUAAAGGCUAUGAAUUUCCCGGUGAUGCUGUGCAUAAACGUGUAUUGGAAAAUAUUGAAGAUUUUGAUGUUCGUGAAGACGAUAUAUUUCUCAUUGCUUAUCCAGCUAAUGGUAUCCAUUUACUGGAAGAUAUUGUGCAAGCAUUGUUGCAAAAACAUUUGGAAAAGAAAAAUAUUCAACAACAAGAAACAAAUAAUGAAAACCAUGAAGAAACAAAAGAAAUUGUCGAAGAAAAUCCAGUUGAUCAAAAAGACAUAAAAAAUCAUAGUGAUCAACAAGCGUCACAGAUACCUGUGGCCCGUUUAGAAGCAUCGAAUCUUUAUGGCCAUAUUCGAUGGUUGACAAGUCUGCGAUCACCACGAAUAAUUUCGACAAGUCUACCUUAUGAUCUAUUGCCACAACAAUUACAUAUACCAACGGCAAAGCUGAUCUAUAUGGGACGUAAUAGUAAAGAUCAUAUUGUUGCCUAUUAUUAUCAUCAUCGUUUGAAAGGUGUACAAAUCUCAUUGGAUGAUUUCAUUGAUCUUUAUCUAAAUGGAAAUCUUAUAUAUGGUAAUUAUUUUGAUCAUAUUGUAUCGUAUUGGCAAUUAUCACAACUUUAUCCGAAUAAUGUACUGUUCAUUUGCUAUGAGGAGCUUAAAAUAAUAACCUUGACAAUUGUUAAAUUAAUUGUUAAAUUUUUGAAUUUGAAUUUGGAUGAAAAAGAAAUCGAAAUGCUUAUUGUGGAUAAACAAUUCAUUCGAAAUACAUCGAAUACCAUGAAUGGCAAUGAUGAUUUACAACGACAACAGGAAGAUUCGGAUCGACAACAUGCACAUAAAGUGAAUAAAUUCCAUAAUGUUCUUGGGGAUUGGGAUAAUUAUCUUAAUAUCGAUCAAUGUCGUCGUGUGGAUGAAAUGAUUCGUAUAAAAUUCGAAUCACAACGUUUAUAUCUAACUGAUGAUGCUGAAAUGGCAUUGAAUAAUGUUGAAAAAUUUGGCAGAAUUUUAUGCAAUAAACCUGAUAAUAAACCUAAAUCUCGUCUUUUAAGUGGAAUCGGUGUGACCAAUGCUAUGCUGACAAUGACACCGACAAGAAAAUCAAAAUCUACAUUCCAAAAGAAACUCAUUUUAACUAAAGAUGAAGCACAAUUUAUACGAAAAAAAGAUAAAGUGAUUAUCAUUGAAAAUAUUGAUGAUGAAUCAGAUUCGAAUCAAAAUGAUAAACAAUCCAAUUGGUUUUCACGAAUUUUUUGCUUUUGUUGUACCGAUUCGAAUCUAUUGAAACGUCGUUCCUAUAAUAAACUUUAAAAAUUAAAAAUUA